AUGUCUUCCUUCCUCGACAACAAAUCCACCAGCACCCAUCUCCCCGCACCAUUCACCACAACCACCUCACCUCGCCGCUCACGCACCUCCAAAGCCCUCCGCAGAACCCUCACCCUCCUCCUCCUCGCCCUCAUCUUCUACCUCUACAAAGACCGUCUCCCCUUCUACCCACAACCCCACAGCGCACCUAUACAUUAUGACGCCUCCGAUGACGCCUCCGAAUGGGAGAACGAUCCCAUCCCGGCCUUCGAGCCCCUCAAGCGCUACAGCCUCGACUACGGCAGAGCCGCUUGUUGGCAAGAUGAUGGGGUCUGGAUCUUACGUCUCUCGCCUGUGGAGAUGUCGGCGCUUGGUCUUAAUCGCUUUGCGGAUACAAAUCGCACGCUUGACCUGGUGGACGAAGAUGCAUUUUGCAAGCGUCUGCGCAUGUUUGGCGCAAGUUUCUGGGAACUGCCGCCGCGCUGGCCAGAGGGUCGGCCCUGGUGUUACGCGAUUACCGAUUGCGUGGAGCCGACGAGGAAGGUGAGUGUUAAGGUAGGGUAUCCGGAGAGCGGCGGUGUCUGGUGGCUUGAUACGACGCAUACGAAGUUGUUGUCGGAUGCGUUGUUCCCGAAAAGUAGAGGGCUGAGUAAGGCUUUGACGAUGGGUGAACGGUGUGAGGUUAUUGAGAGUCUAGGUGGGAGGUUUUGUGAGGAUGUUGAGGAGUGUCCUGAGUUGGAUGUUUUGAUGGGAGGGGUUCUCAAGGUUUAUGAUGAUGAUUGGUAA